AUGGUGAAGGCGCGUAAAUACGUUGUUAAAAAUUAUUUUGAAGGAGUUCCGAAACGCGAUGAUUACGAAAUUAUAGAUUACGAAUUGCCUAAUUUGCAAAACGGCGAGAUUCUUACAAAAACAGAAUGGAUCAGCGUUGACCCUUACCAAAGAGCUUAUAAUAGAUUAAAUAAAAUACCAUACGAUCAGUUCGGUUAUCAAGUUGCUGUUGUUGAAGACUCCAAAAACCCAUCCUAUCCUAUAGGAACACGAAUUAUCACACAUAAAGGAUGGUGCGAUUAUGCCAUUUUAAAUCCAAAUGAACUACAGAAACCACCUAAUAUGAUUUAUAAGUUACCCAAUCUAAAGGACUUAUCGCCGUCAUUGGGUAUAGGAGCCGUCGGCAUGCCUGGAGCGACUGCAUAUUUUGGGCUACUAGAGAUUUGUAAGCCAAAGGUGGGUGAGACUGUUGUUGUAACGGGAGCUGCUGGAGCUGUUGGUUCUAUGGUUGGGCAGAUUGCAAAAAUUAAAGGUUGUAGAGUUAUUGGAUUCGCAGGUUCUGAUGAUAAAGUAGAAUGGCUUGAAAAAGAACUGGGUUUCGAUAAGGCCAUCAAUUACAAGACAGCAGAUAUUGAUAAGGCCCUUAAAGAAGCCGCACCCAAGGGAAUUGAUUGCUACUUUGACAACGUUGGCGGCGAAAUAAGCAGUGUUAUUAUAAGUCAAAUGAAUGCAAAAGGGAGAGUAGCCGUUUGUGGUAGCAUUAGCAGUUAUAAUGAAGUUUCUAGCAAUGUAGUAAAGGCUCCAAUUUUGCAACCUUAUAUCGUGUCCAAAGAAUUAACAAUUCAAGGGUUUAUAGUGACAAGUUUUUCGAAGCAUUGGCCAGAAGCAUUCGCUCAACUUGUAGAGUGGAUUAAGAGUGGAAAAUUGGUAACAAGAGAAUACAUAACAGAAGGAUUUGAUAAAAUAUACGAUGCAUUUAUUGGAAUGUUGGCCGGUAAUAACUUCGGAAAAGCUAUCGUAAAAAUUUAA